GGCGGGGCUGGAGCGCGCGCGCGCGAAGAUGGCGGCGGCCGCCGGCGGGCCGUGCGUGAGGAGCAGUAGAGAGCUGUGGACGAUUCUGCUUGGAAGGUCAGCUUUGAGAGAACUGAAUCAGAUUGAAGCGGAACUGAAUAGACACUGGCAGCGGCUAUUAGAGGGGCUUUCUUACUACAAACCCCCCAGUCCAACUUCGGCAGAGAAAGUGAAAGCCAGCAAAGAUGUUGCUUCCCCACUGAAGGAGCUGGGCCUAAGAAUCAGCAAGUUUCUGGGUCUUGAUGAGGAGCAGAGUGUGCAGUUACUCCAGUGUUACCUGCAGGAGGAUUACCGGGGCACGCGGGAUUCGCUCAAGACGGUGCUGCAAGAUGAAAGGCAGAGCCAGGCCUUAAUCCUGAAGAUUGCAGAUUAUUACUAUGAAGAAAGAACCUAUAUUCUUCGUUGUGUGUUACACCUUCUCACUUACUUCCAAGAUGAAAGACACCCAUACAGGGUCGAAUAUGCAGAUUGUGUCGAUAAGCUGGAGAAGGAGCUAGUCACCAGGUACAGGCAGCAGUUUGAGGAGCUGUGUAGGAUGGAAGCGCCCACCUGGGAGACACACGGGAACCUCAUGACUGAACGCCAGGUGUCUCGGUGGUUUGUUCAGUGCCUUCGUGAACAGUCGAUGCUGCUAGAAAUCAUUUUCCUUUACUACGCGUACUUUGAGAUGGCGCCCAGUGACCUCUUGGUGCUGACCAAGCUGUUUAAGGAGCGAGGGUUUGGCAGCCGGCAGACCAACAGGCACCUGGUGGAUGAAUCCAUGGACCCUUUUGUGGACCGGAUCGGCUACUUCAGUGCGCUCAUCCUGGUGGAAGGCAUGGAUAUCGAGUCCUUGCAUAAGUGUGCUUUGGAUGACAGACGAGAGCUGCACCAGUUCGCUCAGGACGGGCUGAUCUGCCAGGAUAUGGACUCGUUGAUGUUGACCUUUGGGGACAUCCCGCAUCAUGCGCCGGUGCUCCUGGCCUGGGCGCUCCUUCGACACACCCUGAAUCCAGACGAGACCAGCAGUGUUGUCCGGAAGAUGGGGGGCACGGCCAUCCAGCUGAACGCCUUUCAGUACCUGACCCGUCUGCUCCGCUCGCUGGCCAGCGGGGGGAAUGACUGCACCACCAGCACGGCCUGCAUGUGCGUCUACGGGCUCCUUUCCUUCGUCCUCACCUCCCUGGAGCUGCACACGCUGGGCAAUCAGCAGGAUGUGAUUGACACUGCAUGUGAAGUCCUGACAGACCCUUCUCUUCCGGAGCUGUUCUGGGGGACGGAGCCAACCUCUGGCCUUGGGAUCAUUCUAGACAGUGUAUGCGGGAUGUUUCCCCAUCUUCUCUCGCCACUUCUGCAACUCUUACGAGCCCUUGUAUCAGGAAAAUCUACUGCCAAAAAGGUGUACAGUUUCUUGGAUAAGAUGUCUUUCUACAACGAGCUGUACAAGCACAAGCCUCACGACGUGCUCUCGCACGAAGACGGAACUCUGUGGCGGAGGCAGUCGUCCAAACUCCUCUACCCCCUCGGGGGUCAGACCAACCUUCGGAUACCUCAGGGCACUGUGGGCCAAGUCAUGCUGGACGACCGGGCGUACCUGGUGCGCUGGGAGUACUCCUACAGCAGCUGGGCCCUGUUCACCUGCGAGAUCGAGAUGCUGCUACACGUGGUCUCCACGGCAGACGUGAUCCAGCACUGUCAGCGGGUCAAGCCCAUCAUCGAUCUGGUCCACAAGGUCAUCAGUAUAGAUUUGUCCAUAGCAGACGGCCUCCUGCCCAUCACGUCCCGCAUCUACAUGCUGCUGCAGCGGCUGACGACCGUCAUCUCGCCGCCCGUGGAUGUCAUUGCGUCUUGUGUCAGCUGCCUGACCGUUCUGGCCGCCCGCAACCCAGCGAAGGUCUGGACUGAUCUUCGUCACACGGGCUUUCUACCGUUCGUGGCCCAUCAGGUGUCCAGCAUGAGCCAUAUGCUGAGCGCUGAGGGGAUGAAUGCCGGCGGCUAUGGGAACCUCCUGAUGAACAGUGAGCAGCCGCAGGGCGAGUAUGCCGUCACAGUCGCCUUUCUGCGGCUGGUCACCACUCUGGUCAAGGGGCAGCUGGGCAGCACGCAGAGCCAAGGGCUGGUGCCUUGCGUCAUGUUUGUGCUGAAGGAGAUGCUUCCCACCUACCACAAGUGGCGCUACAACUCCCACGGUGUGCGAGAACAGAUCGGCUGCCUGAUCCUGGAGCUGAUUCAUGCCAUACUCAACCUGUGCCAUGAGACGGACCUGCAGAGCAGUCACACGCCGAGCCUGCAGCUCCUGUGCAUCUGCAGCCUGGCCUACACGGAAGCAGGCCAGACUGUCGUCAACAUCAUGGGCAUCGGCGUGGACACCAUCGACAUGGUGAUGGCUGCGCAGCCCCGCAGCGACGGGGCAGACGGCCACGGGCAGGGCCAGCUGCUGAUCAAGACCGUGAAGCUGGCGUUCUCCGUCACCAACAACGUGAUCCGACUGAAACCCCCAUCCAGCGUGGUGUCCCCCCUGGAGCAGGCCCUCACCCAGCAUGGUGCUCACGGGAACAAUCUCAUUGCUGUCCUUGCCAAGUAUAUCUACCACAAACACGACCCGGCCUUGCCACGACUUGCUAUCCAGCUGCUGAAGCGUCUGGCCACGGUGGCCCCCAUGUCGGUGUACGCCUGCCUGGGCAGCGACGCCGCCGCCAUCCGGGAUGCGUUCCUGACGCGGCUCCAGAGCAAGAUCGAGGACAUGCGCAUCAAAGUCAUGAUCCUGGAGUUCCUCACGGUCGCUGUGGAGACGCAGCCCGGCCUCAUCGAGCUCUUCCUGAACCUGGAGGUGAAGGACGGCGCCGAUGGCUCCAAGGAGUUCAGCCUGGGGGCCUGGAGCUGCCUGCACGUGGUGCUGGAGCUGAUCGACUGCCAGCAGCAGGACCGCUACUGGUGCCCGCCGCUGCUGCACCGCGCCGCCAUUGCCUUCCUGCACGCCCUGUGGCAGGACCGGCGGGACAGUGCCAUGCUGGUCCUCAGAACCAAACCCAAGUUUUGGGAGAAUCUCACCAGCCCCCUGUUUGGAUCCCUGUCUCCUCCCUCGGAGACAUCCGAGCCCAGCAUCCUGGAGACCUGCGCUCUGAUCAUGAAGAUCAUUUGCCUGGAGCUUUACUACGUCGUUCAGGGCUCCUUAGACCAGUCGCUGAAGGACACGCUCAGGAAGUUCUCCAGCGAGAAGCGCUUCGCCUACUGGUCGGGCUACGUGGGGUCACUGGCGGCGCACACGGCACGCGCGGAGGACAGCGGCUGCACCUUCUCAGUGGAGUCCCAGAUGCUCGUCUCCGCCUGGCGGGUGCUGCUCAUCGUCGCCUCCAGCCACGCGGAGGUCGUGCACCUGACGGACGCCGCGGUGCGCUGCCAGCUCUUCCUGGAUGUGCUGGACGGGACCAAAGCCUUACUCCUGGUGCCCGGCUCGGCCAACUGCCUGCGCCUGGGGUCCAUGAUGUGCACGCUGCUGCUGGUCCUCCUGCGCCAGUGGAAGGGAGAUUUGGGGCCGGUGGACACGAUCCUCGGGCCCUUGACGGAGAUCCUGGAGGCCGUGCUGCAGGCUGACCAGCAGCUCAUGGAGAAGACCAAAGCCAAGGUGUUCUCCGCCUUCAUCACGGUGCUGCAGAUGAAGGAGCUGCGAGUGAGCGACAUCCCCCAGUACUCGGAGCUGGUGCUGAGCGUCUGCGGGACACUGCAGGAGGAGCUGAUCGCACUCUUCGACCAGACCCGGCACAGUCUGGCCCCGGGCGGCACCGAGGACAAGGACAGCAUGGAGACGGACGACUGCGCCCGGGCGCGCCACAGAGACCAGCGAGAUGGGGUGUGUGUCCUGGGCCUGCACCUGGCCAAGGAGCUGUGUGAGGUGGACGAGGACGGCGACUCAUGGCUGCAGGUGACGCGGACACUGCCCGUGCUGCCCACGCUCCUGACCGCCCUGGAGGUGAGCCUCCGCCUGAAGCAGAACCUGCACUGCACCGAGGCGGCGCUGCACCUGCUGCUCACGCUGGCCCGGACCCAGCAGGGGGCCGCAGCCGUGGCAGGAGCCGGCAUCACCCAGAGCAUCUGCCUGCCCCUGCUCAGCGUGUACCAGCUCAGCAGCAACGGCGCCGGGCAGACCCCGGGCACCUCUCGGAAGUCGCUGGACGCCCCCUCGUGGCCGGGGGUCUACCGCCUGUCCCUGUCUCUGAUGGAGCGGCUGCUCAAGACGCUGCGCUACAACUUCCUGACCGAGGCCCUGGACUUCCUGGGGGUGCACCAGGAACGCACCUUGCAGUGCCUGAACGCCGUGAGGACGGUGCAGAGCCUCGCCUGCCUGGAGGAGGCGGACCACACGGUGGGCUUCAUCCUGCAGCUGUCCACCUUCAGGAAGGAGUGGCACUUCCACCUGCCGCGGCUGAUGCGGGAUGUCCAGGUCACCCUGGGCUACCUGUGCCAGGCCUGCACCUCCCUCCUGCAUAGCCGCAAGAUGCUGCAGCACUACCUGCAGAGCAAGAACGGGGACGGCCUGCCCUCGGCCGCCGGCCCCCGCCUCCAGCGACCACUGGCUGCCCCCGCGGCUUCCUCCCGGCAGCCCAGCGCGGACACGGAGGCCUCGGAGCAGCGGGCCUUGCACACGGUCCAGUAUGGCCUCCUCAAGAUCCUCUGCAGGACCUUGGCGGCGCUGCGCCACUUCAGCCCGGACGUCUGCCAGAUCCUGCUGGACCAGUCCCUGGACCUGGCCGAGUACGACUUCCUGUUCGCCCUGAGCUUCACCACGCCCACCUUUGACUCCGAAGUGGCCCCCUCCUUCGGGACCCUGCUGGCCACGGUGAACGUGGCCCUCAACAUGCUUGGGGAGCUGGACAAGAAGAAGGAGCCUCUCACGCAGGCUGUGGGGCUCAGCACGCAGGCAGAAGGGAGCCGAACGCUCAAGUCCCUGCUGAUGUUCACCAUGGAGAACUGCUUCUACCUGCUCAUCUCCCAGGCGAUGCGCUACCUGCGGGACCCGGCCGUGCACUCCCGGGACAAGCAGCGCAUGAAGCAGGAGCUCAGCUCCGAGCUGAGCACACUGCUCUCCAGCCUCUCGCGCUACUUCCGCCGGGGCGCCCCCAGCUCCCCCGCGGCGGGGGUCCUCCCCUCCCCGCAGGGCAAGUGCAGCUCUGCGUCCAAGGCCGGCGCCGAGAGCCAGGAGCCCCUCAUCCAGCUCGUACAGGCCUUCGUCCGCCACGUGCAGAGAUAGGACGGUGCCACGCUGCCCGCUGCCUGUCCACCAGCCUGUGCCCCGGGGCACGGGGCGCCACCCACCCGCCCGCCCACCCGCAGCUGCCCCUCACUAACGGCGUUAUUUUUGUAACAGAGAAGAGGUCAACUGCAGGGGCGGGACCCUUGAGCCGGCCCACUCCUGCCCGGAGUGGGGUGGCGCCCGUCCUGCACCCGCAGCACUUGCCAGGCCUGGCCCCGAGCCUUGUCACGUGCUGUCCGCGGAGGCCGGCCUGGGCCGCAGGAGCUGCUUUCCAGGCUCCGUUGUUGCAGUUUUUGGUAAUACUGUGGUCUAUUUAUACAGAUAUUAAAGCCCUCUUUAUAGAGC